CUGAGGCGCUUCUGCUGGGUAAGGACUACGGGGGGCCGGGGGAGCGGGCGCCGCUUGCCCGGGCGCAGGGGAGGGCCUCUCCGUUGCUCCGGGACCCCGAUCGAAUCCGGGACGUCAAUUGCCUUGCAGGAAGCGGGGCCCUCGAGGAAGGGGUCCACAGAGGCCAUCCAUCCCACCCCACCCCUGCUUUGCCCCAGCGUUGCAGACAGAGGACUCCGGCUGAGCCCACCCAGGGAAGAGAGAGGCAAGGCGUCUCUUCCACCGUCCGGCCGCGCUCCCACGGAGGAAGGCUUGCCUGCAGGAAGCGGAUCCCCCAGGGGUCAUCCAUCCCACCCCUGCUUCGCGCAGCACUGCGGACAGAGGACUCCGGCUGAGCCCACCCGAAGCUGCAUCCUGAUGCCCACCUGGCCAGAGCAGGGCCUGGCCGCCUUCCUUGCCAACCUCCUGCUGCCCGCUGUCUGUCUGUACUCGGCCAUUCGGACCUUCCAGAUCAACCGGGGAACUGCCGCCGGGUUUUUCCUCCAGGCCCUCGGGCCCCUCCUGGAAACCAUCCCCUUUGGGCCCCGCUGGCAAGGGGCCCGGCCCCCAGACCACAGCUGGCCCUGCACGGUGGUGGGGCUGCCGCUGCUGGCCUUUGGCUUCCACUGGCUGAAUGGGGACUGCUUCACGGCCAACGUCCUCCUGGGAGGCGCCCUGAUGCUGGCUGGCGGCUGGGGCUACUUCACCGAAGACGGCAAGGCCAUGGUGGUCCAUUCGGUCAUCUCUGUGGUCACCAUCACCAUCUUCAUCGUCUCCGUCUUCACCGGAAGCACCGACGGGGUGGUGGGCAGCCUCCUGCUGGCGGCGGCUGGCCUGCUGCCAGGAAGUGGGCUGUGGCCUCUGCCGGCCCCGAAGGAGACCGAUGCCCUCCUCCGCGGUCUCAUGGCAGCCGCCAACCUGGCCCUGUGCCGGGCUCUCCAACUGCAGCAUCUGGAACUGGGCAACAGCUAUAGGGAGUGGUUGCCUAUAGUGGCUUCUUGAUGGGGAGGCCUGGGUCCUGGGGUGGGGUGGGGACCAAUCUAAGGGGCCCCAAGAGUCCAGUUGGAUCAAUAGGAAGUGCAGGGCAGAACUCCAAAGACUCUCGUGCCCAUUUCCAGAAUUGCAAGGGAUUAACAGAUCAACAGAGUUAGAAGGGACCUUGGAGGUCAUCUAGUUCAACCCCCUGCUCUGGCAAAAAAAACCUAUAUACCAUUUCUGACAGAUGGCA